UCUUUUCAACACUUAUGGCUUCAUCUCGUCUCUCUCUCCGCUAUGUUCGCCGAUUCACCACAGCCGCCGGAGAUGCUACGACCACCGUAGAGGCCGCUGCUCCGUCUCCAGGCAAGAUCUCUGCCUCCAAAGCUAAGACCAUUCUCCGGAAAGUGCACGAUCCGGACAAAGCCCUUGAGAUCUACUCCAACGUCUCCAAUCACGACGCUUCGCCUGUGUCCUCUCGAUAUGCCCAGGAGCUCACUGUCCGUCGCCUCGCCAAAUGUAGCCGCUUCUCAGACAUCGAAGCCCUAAUCGAAUCGCAGAAAAACGACCCAAAAAUCAAGGAAGAGCCUUUCUACUCUACCCUUAUCAGAUCUUACGGCCGAGCCUCCAUGUUCGAUCACGCCAUGAGAGCUUUCGAGCAGAUGGAUCAGUAUGGCACACCAAGAUCAGCACUUUCGUUCAACUCCUUGCUCAACGCUUGUCUCCAUUCCAACAAGUUCGAUAAAGUCCCCCAACUGUUCGACGAAAUUCCUCAGAGGUAUAACGACAUCAACCCUGACAAAAUCUCUUAUGGUAUAUUGAUUAAGUCAUACUGUGACUCUGGUUCGCCUGAAAAAGCCAUUGAGAUUAUGAGACAGAUGGAAGGUAAAGGCAUGGAAGUCACUACCAUUGCCUUGACCACCAUUUUGAACUCCUUGUAUAAGAAAGGUGAAGCCGAGGUAGCAGAAAGCCUGUGGAACGAGAUGGUGAAGAAAGGCUGUGAAUUUGAUAACGCAGCGUAUAAUGUUCGUAUAAUGAAUGCUCAAAAGGAAAGCCCUGAAAGAGUUUUGGAGUUGAUCGAUGAAAUGAGCACUAUGGGAUUGAAACCGGAUGCAAUCAGCUACAACUAUCUUAUGACUGCGUAUUGCGAGAAAGGAAUGUUGGAUGAAGCUAAGAAAGUUUAUGAAGGGCUUCAAGGAAACAGCUGUGCUCCCAACGCGGCUACGUUUAGGACUUUGAUAUUUCAUCUGUGUUACAGCGGUUUGUAUGAGCAAGGCUAUGCGAUGUUCAAGAAGAGUGUGUAUAUGCACAAGAUUCCAGAUUUCAAUACUUUGCAGCAUUUGGUUGUGGGGCUGGUGAGGAACAAGAAGAUAGAUGACGCCAAAGGGUUGAUUAGAACGGUGAAGAAGAAAUUCCCUCCCAGUUUCUUGAAUGCGUGGAAGAAACUCGAGGAGGAAGUGGGGCUGCUUUCGAAAACUGAUGCUUCUUCAUCUUCUGCUUAAAAAGCUCAAGAAUAUUGCAAUUGGAGAUCUGAAUCUUUUACUUGAGCUUUUUAAGAUCUGUUGAAAACUAUGAUCACUUAGUUCUAAGCUUCUCCUGCAUUUUUCUUUUCUCAUAAAUUAGCUUGUAAAAGCUUGACGUUUUUGUUGGUGGAAUCACUUGAAUUUCAUGGUUUAACAAUUUAUAGCUUCGUAGAGUUC